GAGAGAGAGAUGAUUCCUCUCCUGUCCAGAACGAGGAAUGGUUCAGUGUGGGUGCAACGCAGUGUCGAGUUCUGCACAGAGAAGUGGCCAGACACUAUAAAGAAGGAGCUGUACGGGGCGUUCAGCUUCGUCCUUGUCUAUGCGAUACCUGGUUGCAUCGUUGUGGUGUCCUAUUCACUGAUGGGCCGGCGCUUGUGCUCAGUGUUGCCACCCUUUGACCAAACCGAGGGCAGCGUCAAUAGUCAGCAGCGGCUACGACUAGUCCGCGAGAGGAAGCGGGUGGCAUGGAUUCUUCUUCUUCUCGCUGUCCUGUUCGCGCUGUGCUGGCUUCCAUACAACAUCCUCCAGCUGUUGAUUGACGUCAAUGCUGUCGAGGUGGAGUCAGUUGCUACUGUGUUGCCGUAUACUUUGCUGUUAGGGCACGCGAACUCCGCGAUCAACCCGAUAGUGUACUGCCUGAUGACGCGCAACUUCCGCCGCUCGUUGCGCAAGCUGCUCUGUCACGACCCUGGUAACUUGCACUCUAGUACUCAUUUCCAUAUGCAAGGCUUACGUCAAAAAUCCAACACGUCUAGUAUGCGGACCUGUACCACGGUUACCUUCCGAAGCAGCCACACUCACAUUCGAAACAACAACUCAAGUAUCCAGUACGGGAGAGUCAACAGAGCCACCUCGUUUCGAGACCACAGCUGGCGGAAUCAUCAAUGUCAGAAGAAUGCGCAGUUUAUUUAAGAAGACCAAUAAAAUUGGCCACGCUUACGGCAAUGUCAGUGGCUUCGUAAAGGUAUUUAAUAGUGCAGCUGUUAGGGCACUUAGGACAGCACAAAAGGUGAGCCAUAGUUGUUGGUGAUACUCCACACUCGCAAUCAUCGCAACCAUCAACCAGGUAUCCCCACCUGCAGAGAUUAUCCUUGCAGUCAUUAGUCAGCAAAAAUUUAGUAUCGAUCGCC